AUGGGAGAUCUGUGGGCAUGGCUGAUUUUCUUCUUCACGCUUAUUGCUUUGCUUAUUAUACUUGUUUACCAGCUAAUGUGCUUGGCAGAUCUAGAGUUCGAUUAUAUCAACCCUUAUGACUCUGCAUCUAAGAUAAACAAAGUGGUUUUACCAGAAUUCAUCACGCAAGGGGUUCUAUGCUUUCUCUUCCUUGUGACAGGGCAUUGGGUUAUGUCACUUCUCAGUGUUCCGUACCUGUACUACAACGUGAGAUUGUAUACGCGAAGACAGCAUCUUGUUGAUGUAACCGAGAUAUUUAACUUGCUCAACUGGGAAAAGAAACAGCGGCUUUUCAAACUGGGCUACGUGAUAUUUCUUCUCUUCAUGUCCUUGUUUUGGAUGAUUUUCAAUGCACUAGAAGAUGAUGAUCAUUCACUAUAG